AUGACUUUUGGGUACAGAAACUGCCACUUCACCUGUGAAUCCCAGUGCCCUCUGCACCACGUGGCCAUUCAGCCCCCUCCUUUCUGCAUCACCAUCCCAGGGGCCAUCAUGAGUGCCUCCAAUAAUGAUUCGUGUGCCGUGUCCUGCGAUGCACCCUGUGGCUAUGGCGGUGGAGGUUGUAGCAGAUAUGGUGGCAGAGGAGGCUACGGAGGAGGUUGUGGCGGAUAUGAUGGCAGAGGAGGCUACGGAGGAGGUUGCGGUGGAUAUGAUGGCAGAGGAGGCUACGGAGGAGGUUGUGGUGGAUAUGAUGGCAGAGGAGGCUCCGGAGGAGGUUGUGGUGGAUAUGGUGGCAGAGGAGGCUCCGGAGGAGGUUGUGGUGGAUAUGGUGGCAGAGGAGGCUACGGAGGAGGUUGUGGUGGAUAUGGUGGCAGAGGAGGCUACGGAGGAGGUUGUGGCGGAUAUGGUGGCAGAGGAGGCUACGGAGGAGGCUACGGAGGAGGUUGUGGUGGAUAUGGUGGCAGAGGAGGCUACGGAGGAGGUUGUGGUGGAUAUGGUGGCAGAGGAGGCUACGGAGGAGGUUGUGGCGGAUAUGGUGGCAGAGGAGGCUACGGAGGAGGUUGUGGCUGA